AUGUCCGAGGAACCUGUUCCAAACUCUCUGUCAUCGCUUCUUGAAGGACCUGGGGUAUAUGCCAAGAUAGCAGUUCAAGCCAAAAGAGAGAAAAAACGCCCUCCCCGAAUCACCCAGUCUACGCAUCCCGACGAUAAAGCAAAAGUUUGCAAUGGCGCCCAAUCGCGAAAACCAAACUUGUUGAAAGACCUCCGCUCGCUUGGUCGCGCCUACGGUUAA